AACUCUGAAGCUUACAGAGGGAUGUCGGGGCAUAGCGGGGGGCCCCCACCCCCGGCGGGGCGGAGGACCCAGGGCUCUAAGGUGGAAAGAGCCCGGAUGUGGAGGCAGGAGGGAAACCCGGAGUCAGGCACGUAACGUGGGCGGGGCUCAGUUUGUUCAUCUGUCUGAUGGACCAGGUGAUCCCUGAGGUCUGUUCUCAGCCAACCCCAGAUGCCGAGGUUACAAAGAAGUGAGGAUCUGCUUGAGGGAAGAAAUAUCAAACGAACAAUACAAUCAUGGAUCUUUGAAGUAUCAAAAAACCCCAGGUUGUCCGGUCAUCUGUCCUGGGCCCUCGGUUGGAAUGGAUGACUGAAGGUGCUGGGCUCCUCCCUGGUUACUCAGUCUCAUCUGUGGCUUCACUAGCUUCCGGUAAAAUCUACUGGAGCCUGAUUUGGGGUAUCAGUGCCAACUCUUUAGAAAGGUGAGGUUGUUGAUAAUGUUGGGGAGCAAGAAACAUCUUAGGAGGAAGCCUGCUUGCCCUAUGACUUUUUACCUUAGCUUUGUUGCAGAUUCUAAUGAGAAGCUGCUGCUGUUGGAGCUAGAUUAAUCCCUCCAUAGUGGCUGGGAAGCCAAGACUUGGGAAAAGUAAGAAAGACCAUCCAGGAAAGCAGCAAGGAGGAGGGGUUAACUAUGGAGGACUUGGACCUCAUGCUUGAGGAGAGAGUUCUGACAUCUCAAGACUCUGGCCUUCCCCAAGAAAGGAGAACCGAGGAGGAGGAGGAGGGAAUGACUUCUGGGUUCCUGACAGCCAGGUCUGAGAAAUCCUUGACCUUUCAAGAUGUGGCUGUGAACUUCACUCAAGAGGAGUGGGGCCAGUUGGAUCCUGCUCAGAAGAACAUGUACAGAGAUGUUAUGUUGGAGAACUAUGAAAACUUUGUCUCCCUUGGUCUUCCAGUUUCCAAACCAGAUGUGAUCUCCCAUUUGGAGAAAAGAGAACCUCCCUGGCUGUUAGGGGGAAAAGCCCUGAAAAGCCCUCACUUAGAUUCCCUUGUUCUUCAGACAAGGUAUGAAACCAGAGAGUCGAUUCCAGAACAGCUUAUUUCUAUAGAAAAGUUAUCUAAGAAGAAACUCACCAAGGAUGGUCCAUGGAAUGUGAAGUUGGGAGAACCUUGGAAUUGUGAGAUCAGGUUAGAGGAACAGAAAAGUUAUCAAGAGAAAGAGUCCAGGCAAGUGACAAUCACAAACAGAAAAACUUUUAAUAAGCUGAAUGAUCAAGAAUAUAAUACACUGGGGGCAAUCCUCAUUCUUCCACAGAGAGUUCCUUUAGUAAAAUGUCUUCACAAAUAUGAUAUACUUGGAAAGAGCUUCAAACCGUUAUCAGACCCAAUUAAACACAACAUAAUCUUAGGGAAUAAAUUUUGUAAGUAUAAUAAAUGCAGAAAGUCAUUUAGUUACCAUUCAAACCUUAUUCAUUACUAUAGAAUACAUACUCGAGGAAAACCACAUAAAUGUAAUGAAUGUGGCAAAGCCUUCAGUAUUAAUUCAUGCCUUACUGUACAUCAAAGAAUUCAUACUGGAGAGAGACCUUAUACAUGCAGUGAAUGUGGGAAAGCCUUUAGCCAAAAAGGAAACCUUAAAAGACAUAAGCUAAUUCAUGCAGGAAAGAAACCAUUUGAAUGUAAUGAAUGUGGGAAAGCUUUCAGCAGUAACGAAUACCUAACUCAACAUCAAAGAAUUCAUACUGGAGAGAAGCCCUAUAAAUGUAAUGAAUGUGGAAAAACUUUCAGUCAGAAGGGAAGCCUAAAUGUGCAUAAGAGGAUUCACACUGGAGAGAAACCAUAUAAAUGCAAUGACUGUGGGAAAGCCUUUAGCCAGAAGAGAAGUCUUGAUGCACAUAAGAUAAUUCAUAGUGGAGAAAAGCUCUGCUCAUGUAAUGAAUGUGGAAAAACCUUCAGCAACAAUUUUCACCUUAAUAUACACAAGAUCAUUCAUACUGGAGAGAAACCGUUUGAGUGCAAUGAAUGUGGAAAAUCCUUCAGCAGUAAUCAAUACCUAAGCCAACAUCAAAGAAUUCAUACAAGAGAGAAACCCUAUAAAUGUCCUGAUUGUGGGAAAGCCUUCAGCCAGAAGGGAAGCUUUAAUGUACAUAAGAGAAUUCAUACUGGAGAGAAGCCCUAUAAAUGUAAUGAAUGUGGAAAAGCCUUUAGCCAGAAUAGAAGUCUUAAGGUACACAUGAUAAUUCAUACUGGAGAAAAGCCUUGGUCAUGCAGUGAAUGUGGGAAAACCUUCAUCAACAGUACUUACCUUAACGUGCAUAAGAAAAUUCAUACUAUAGAGAAGCACUUUGAAUGUAAUGAAUGUGGGAAAAGCUUCAGGCAUAGUUCAUACCUCUUGCAACAUCAGCGAAUGCAUACUGGAGAGAAACCCUAUAAAUGUAAUCAAUGUGGGAAGGCAUUCAGUCGUAAAGGAAGCCUUAAUGCCCAUAAGAGAAUUCAUACUGGAGAGAAACCUUUUGAAUGUAAUGAAUGUGGAAAAGCAUUCAGCCAAAAAGGAAACCUUAAUACACACAAGAAAACUCAUACUGGAGAGAAGCCCUUUGAAUGUAAUGAAUGUGGGAAAGCUUUCAGGCUGAGGCAGACCUUUGCUGCUCAUAAGAAAAUUCAUACUGUCGAGAAACCCUUUAAAUAUAAUGUGUUUGGGAAAGUAUUAAGCUAGAGGGAACACCUAAAAAGAUGAGAUAAUUCACACUGGUGAGAAUUUCCAUAAGUGUAAUGAAUGCCUCAUUACUCAUCAGAGAUUCCAUGCUAGAGAUUAAUUGUGCAGAGGGGGAGAGCAUAAUAAAAUUAUAUCAUUUAUUAAACAUAGAUGAAUUGAAUUACCAGCUUUUUCAUCAGCUGCAAUACUGCUUAUUGCUUUUAGAGAGAAGAAUGGCUAUUUCAUUUGGCCCUCAGUUUUUGUGAUAUACAUUAAUGGCAUUCAAAGCUGUAAUGGGUAGCUAACAUACAAGAUGCUACCUGAAAAUGAAAAAUAUUUUAAUUAGAAUUAGGUUAGGAUAUUGGGCCAAGUAUAAGAAGAUGAAACUAAAUAGGGGUUAAUAUAGUCUAACUUUUAAAAAUGAAUAAGUAGGGGCAGCUAGGUGGCACAGUGGAUAAAGCACUGGCCCUGGAUUCUGGAGGACCUGAGUUCAAAUCUGGUUUCAGACACUUGGCACUUACUAGCUGUGUGACCCUGGGCAAGUCACUUAACCUUUAUUGCCUCACAAAAAUAAAUAAAUAAAUGGAUGAGUAUAGAGCAUGGCAUGCAUGGUUAGCAAUUUGUCUUCUAAACAUCUCUGAAUUGACAUCCACUAAAAAUGAGGCAACAUAAUGACAUGACGGCCAUGAGUUGAUGGGGUGUUGAGUUGCAUUGAGAGGCAUAACUUCCAGUAGUAAGGAGGUGAUGGGCUCCUCUGUACUCUGCUCCAGAAUACCACAUCUGGAGUAUUGUGUCCUGUUCUGGGCACUACAGAUUAUGAAGGAUAUUGGUUAUCCAGAGAGUGCCCUUGUCAGGAUUAGUUGAAGGAGCUAGGAAUGCUUACCUUGGAGAAGACUCCCAGGGAAUGUAAUAGUUGUUUUCAGUUAUUUAUCAGACUGUUAUGUGGAGGAGAGAUUAGAUAUUUGUUUCUUAUCUCCAGAAGGCAGAACCAGGAGCAAUAGAUGAAUUUAGAGGCAAAUUUAGACUUCUGUAAUGAAAACCUUACUAACAGAAUGAACCAAAAGUAGAAUGGAUUUAAUUGGGAGCAGGUUCCCUCUCAUUGGAGGUCUUCAAGCAAAGGCUGGAAGACCAUCAGGUAAGUAGGUUGUGGUUGGGCUUUUUCCAGUAUGAUUUGGACUCGAUAGCCAUCAAGGCCCCUUCCAAACCUGAAAUCCUGUGAUUGGCAAAGCUACUAUGACAUGGCAGUUGAAUUGCCCUCUGCUACAUAUUAGGGAGCAUAAGUAAAGCCAGUCUUGGCGUUAUGGAUCUCCUAGUCAAGGUUUGAUGAGAGGGGACUAUGACAUUCUCACAAACAAAAUGAUAUAUGUGUGGGUAAUGCAUACCAAGUAGUUUGUGAGUUACCUUUACGCAAGGAUCAUUACUGAUGUGAUCAGGGAAGACUUCAGGGAGAAGGCAUUAGUGCUGGGUCACAUAGGUGGGGUUUGGUUUCAACAACCAGAGAUGGGGAUUGGGUGGACAUUAUAGGCUUAAGAAAUAGUAUGAGCAGGCAGCUAGGUGGCGCAGUGGAUAGAGCACCGGCCCUGGAGUUAGGAGUACCUGAGUUCAGAUCCGGCCUCAGACACUUAACACUCACUAGCUAUGUGACUCUGGGCAAGUCACUUAAUCUCAAUUGCCUCACUAAAAAAAAAAAAAGAAAUAAAAAGAAAUAGUAUGAACAAAAGUGUGAAACUGAGGUAAUAUGAAGCUUUUGUGGGCACUGGUGAGUAGCCUGAUUUGGGUGGCGCAUAGCAUACAGGUGAGAAACUAUAGUGUAAAAGAAAGCACUGAACCCAAAGGACCUGGUUUUAAUUCCACUCAGCUCUACUGCUUGUUACCUUUGGGACUUUGGGUGAGUCAUUUAACCUCUUAAGAUCUUGUUUCUUCAUGUGAAAUAAAAGUUUUGAUUAGAUGAUGGCUAGGGGGGCAGCACAGUGGAUAAAGCACUGGCCCUGGAUUCAGGAGGACCUGAGUUCACAUAUGACUAUGAAAAAAAAAAGAUGAUGGCUAAAAAGGUAGGAUUAGGAUGGUACCAUAUUGAGGCCAGGCCUAAAUGCCAACCCAGAGUUUGAAGUUUAUGUGGUAGGUCAUAGGAAGCUACUUGGGAAUUUUAAGCAGAGAAGGGGCGUGAUCAAAUCUGUUCAUGAGAAAAAUCUAGCGGUCGUAUGAAGUGGGGCAUGAUCAAAAUAGAAAAAGGAGAAUUAAUAGAUUAUUGUCACAGAUUAGUUUGGUGGCAACUGAGUGCCUAUAUUAGGGUGUUGUUGCACACCAAAGCACACAACUUCAGUCACUCUCCCACUCUAUCUUUAAUCCCUAAUGUAAGAGGAAAAUUGCCCUUGAUUUUUUUUCUUUAAAAAUUUAUCAGAAUUUUAAAUCUGUCCUUCUCAAGUAACAAAUUAAAAAAAUAAAAAAUAAAUAAAAUCCUAAUUACAUAUAUGCAUCAUCCAUCAAAACAAAUCCCUGGGGCAGCUACAUGGUGCAGUGGAUAGAGUACCAGCCCUGGAUUCAGGAGUA